AUGCAGUUACAAGUUACAACAAUAUCGGAGCUUCAUAAAAGACUAGAAGAUUUCGUUCGAUUGAAAAUUCACCAUUUACAAGAGUAUAACAAGGAGCUUGGCAUGGAAUAUGAUGUGACCUAUGAACCAGAGCGUCCCCUCGAGCCGACAAGUGAAGAUGAGCCAGCACCAGAGGUAUAG